AUGGAACUAAGAGAUGACGAAGAACGCACGGCUCCUGUGAACGCUCCCAUCGCGAUGUCCGCCCCAGAGCCUACCGACGACGCGCCUCGCCAGCUUUUUCCCAUAUAUAAUGUGUGUCAAACACCUGGCGGUCACAUAAAUAUUAUCGGGAGCCCAUUCUUAGGUGAACGGGUUGAAGACAGAGUGGUAACUUGGAAUCCUGCGGUGACACCGACCGUUGCCAAUACGCCAGCAAUGCCGUCUACGCCAGCAAUGCCGUCUACGCCGGUAGUGCCGUCUACCCCAUCCAAUAGAAACCUCCGCCCUCGCAGGCUUACCCGCCGCCCUCAACGUCGUCGUCGGAUUUCGAUAUCGUUUGACUACCUGCAAGAUUCUGGCAGCGAAGUAGAAAUUGGUACCGACGACGACGACGAGAAUGAAUUUGAAGAUUAUGCAGGGAUGAGAGCGGUAGUGAGAGAACUCCGCGAACUCGAAUCUGCACAAGCAGUGGUGGAGGCCGAGGAAGCUGAGCCCAGCAGAGAAGUUGGUGGGGGUGAUAUGCCCGUUAGUUUCGAUUGGAGCCAAGAUUAUUCGACGUUUCAUGGGCAAGAAAUGGAAUAUCAGAGAACGCCCGGGCUGUCUGAUAGUGCCGGCACACAAGUGCCUUUCGAGCUCUUUAUGCUUGUAUGGGAUUCGACCAUUAUGGAUCACAUUGUCAAGGAGACGAAUAAGUAUGCCUGGCAGACCAUCGCGAAGCUUUCUGAAAGCGGUAAUAUCAGCGCGAACCUCGACACUUGGGUUGAGACGAAUGUGCCAGAGAUGUACAGAUAUUUCGCAGUACUCAUGUAUAUGUCACUCAAUCCUCGAGGGCAUAUACCUGAGUACUGGGCAACCAACAUCUUGGGUAUGCCUGACUUUCGACUCCUUAUGUCCAGGAACAGGUUCCAAAUGAUUACUCGUUUCCUCCAUUUUGUGAAUAACGAUCACAUGUCAAACAACACGCGGAGUUACGAUAGAAAGGUGGCAAAAAUAACCCCAAUUCUUGAACACUGUAAUGAAAAGUUUUGCACCUUAUAUACGCCAAAUAAGCACCUAAGCAUAGACGAGUCGUUGAUUUUGUGGAAGGGCCGCCUUAGCUGGGUACAGUGCAUACGCACUAAGGCGGCUCGGUUCGGAAUUAAAAGUUUCGAAAUUUGCGAAGCAACGACUGGAUAUAUGCUUAGGUGCAUCAUAUAUGCCGGGAAGAAUUCCUCUAUGCACGAGGGACCCAUCGAUGGGUUUGCAGCCCCUACUGAAAAAGUAGUGCUGAAACUUAUGGAGGGGUUCCUGGAUGCUGGUCACUGCCUGGUAAUGGAUAACUGGUAUAACCAGUUACCCCUUACCAGGUAUUUGAAUCAACGCGGCACAGACCUCAUUGGAACGUUGAACAGGCGGCGUCGCCAUGUCCCCGCUCUCAUCAAAAAUGUUAGAGAGGAUGUGGUGCGUGGUCAUGUGGUGAGUUGUCAUUGCGGUGACAUAAGUCUCACAGUCUGGAAAGACGUUAAACUAGUAGCCACAAUUUCAACUUACCAUGAUGAUCAACUUGUAGCCGGCAGGCGUGCAGGAGAGGAUAUAAACAAGCCAGUCUCCAUUUCUGAAUACAACAAGUACAUGGGCGGUGUCGAUCUUAAGGAUCAGAAGCUAUCCAUGUACUUGUUAGAAAGGAAAAGGGGACUGAAGUGGUACAUAAAAGUGUUCAGAAGACUGCUUAACAUCAGUAUUCUGAACACUUUUAUAAUGUACCAGAAACAUCCAACCACAUCCACUUUAACGCACAGGCAGUUCCGCUAUGCUUUAGCAGAUGGAUUGUGCAAGCGGUUCCCCAGGGCCGAGCCAGCACACCCAAUACGGCAAAUGCCAUCGGCUUUAGUCCGGCUGGAUAAUGCUUCGGACCAUUAUCCGGUACACACAGAAACGAUCCGUGGGAAACCUACACAGCACAUACGACGACGUUGCGUGCGAUGCACAGCGCGUCAGGUCCGCACCCAAGUGACGGUUAUGUGUCAGAAAUGCCGUGCUCCGUUAUGCAUUGGGCAGUGCUGGAUAGACUACCAUACACUCAAUAACCUUUAG